UCAUCAUCAUACAUUCAAUAAAAUCACAUCCCCACACCCACCUUCCAUUUCACAUACCUCACCCUAUACUCACUCACUCCAGCAUUAAUAAUUCAAGUAAAAUCCAAGCAAAAUGCGCAUCCCCCCAUUACAAUCCCGCAUCCCCAUCCCCAUCCAUAACCUCACCCAUAAGGUUACAACCCGUGAAUAUUCAUCCGGAUCCCUCAAACCACGACGACAGAGUAAACUCGGUCCAACCGUAUCACUAGAUCACGUAUGUUCAAUUCUCAUUCUUAUAUAUAUUUAUAUAUAUAUAGAAAUAAAAAAUAGAUAGUUAAUGCAAAAAGUAUUAGUUUCUUCAACGAUCAAAAGCUCUUUCACUCUAUAGACGUAUCCUGCGCGAUUGUCGACGGAUUCCGGAUGUGAAAUCGAGGGAUGAGAUGAGGAGGUUUGUGAGGGAUGAUUUUGAGAGACAUAGGAAUGUUACGGAUUUGGUGGGUUUUGGUUUCUUAUUUUUCUUAUUUUUUGGGAGAUGGGGGAGGGAAAGAGGCCUUUUGUUAAGUUGAGGUUGGAUUGAGAUGGGUUGAGAUGUAUGGUUUGAUUUAAGGGGCAUGAAAAGCUAAUCGAUGAAUUGGGGUGUAGUCGCAAAUUAAGUAUUUGAUUGGGACGGGAAAAACGCAGUGGGAGGGGAUGGAGAGGUAUAUUACUGGGAUAUGAUGUAAAAAGAUAAAAGAAGAGAAGGGGAAGAGGUUCCCUAACGGUGUAUAGGUUAGAAGAGGAGGAUGGUUUGUACAUGUAUGCAUUAGUGUGGAGCGGGUAUGGCGUUUGGGGUUUGGGAAAAUAUGUUAUUGUUCGUAUAUGGAGUGGGUAAAAUCCCAUAUCAUGGAUGCGCAGGAGCAUGUAGGAGUG